AUGGAAUACUGUACUAAUGUCAUGAUCGUCGGCCUAGUGGUGCUCGUUGCGCUACUUCCGCUUUCCGCACGAGUGCUGGUCGGCGCGAUUCCACGACGCGGAAACGAACCAUGGUCAUUGGUCUUGUGCAAGUUCAAAGAUAGCGACUACGAGCCGCGAACUGCUGAAUGGUUUUCCGAAUGGAUUUCUGGCGGAAAUAAUCCAGACACCAUUGAGAACUACUUUUCAUCCGUCUCAAACACUAUUUAUACCAUCAAAGGUUCGAAUGUAACGAAAUGGUUGCGACUUCCGUGGACUCGUCACGAAGUUCUUCGAAUGGCCCUUAUGGAUCCAAGAUUGCAAUCGAUACGAGACCGUCCAUUUGCUCACUCAGUAUUCCGUAAUUUGGCUUUUAAGAUGUUUGACAAGGCUAAACAGCUCUGCAUUUCGUUUGCUGAGCAAAAUGGUUUUACUUUGCACAGACGGAAAAUUACCGUGAUCAAUAUGGAGAACACAGCCGUCUACAGCAAGGAUACCGGCGUGUUGCUGACUCCGAAACUGAUUUUCUCGUCAGUUUUGACGCAUGAGAUGAUUCAUGGAAUGAAUGUUGGUCAUUCCUAUAGCGAUCGAAAAGUACAACUUGUGAGCAGAAGUCGAACAUCACUGAAUUUCGUGCAGGUGUUUCCCUACGCUGCACCAGGAGAAUAUGAUGACAAAUACGAUUUGAUGUCCACCGCCAAUGCUCACAUGCGUCUGUCAACUUACGGACUUAGUGGUCCUGGUUUGAAUGGACCACAUCUGGACUAUCUUGGCUGGCUUCCACAGAACAGGAUUGUGUAUUUUGGACGCGAUGGUCGAACUAAUUACACUCUGCGACUUUCCUCACUUUCCGUCCCUCAUCGUCUCACCAAUGGUUGGUUGCUGGUGAUGAUACCGUAUGAUCGCGAUGACCCAGGAAAUGUAUACACUAUUGAACAUCGUACUCCGGUUGGAAACGAUGUGGCUAUAAAGCAGGGUGCUGUUGUGGUCCAUAAAGUGCAUCGUAUCGGUCAAUCCUACUAUUCGACUCUGAUAACACAUGAGCAUGGCGAAUUCGAUGAACUAACUGCUGGCACCGAGUGGCUACGAUUCCUCAACACAAAUAUUGACGGGGGUUUUCAGUACAUACGGGUUAAAGUAAGGAUUAUCCUUCUACUUUACAUUUGCAAAAUAAUAGGCAAAUUUACCAGUAAGGAGGUAUGUCAUGGCAAAGAAGUGCGGAUUCCGAUACACGCCUCGUUCUCGUUGAUUUCUCGUGGUGUCCGAAGCGUCUGCAUCGAUCGCAAUCGGACCAUCACACAAAACGAUGUGGAUCGACAGUAUCUCCGACAAGCAUUCUUCGUCAUGAGAAGGACGUUUGGACAAAACGAAUGUAUUAGUGGUUACACAUGGCGAGCUAUCGAUGCGUACGACUAUGUCUGCGUAGAACCACAUCGGUGA